AUGAAACGAAACAAUUCCUUUAGAAUAAAACCUUUAAUCGAAAAGGAUCAAGCCGUGCAGAAGGAAGUCAAAUGUGAUGAAUGUAAUUCAACGUACGUCAUACCCCAUCGAAGGCAAAUUUAUCGCGAAAGAAAAGGCUCGAUAAGUUCCGAUUUACCAAAUUUAACACUGAUGGGACUUACAUUCAGUUCAGAAAGUCCUCUAAAAUGUAGCAAAGAUACGAUUUUUUAUAAACGUAACAUUAUAUGGAAAGCAAUAAAAUCCGAAGAAACAAGAGCAAACACUAGUAUUAACACCGAUGAAGAGAUGCGAGAAAACGUUAAGUUGUGCGACGGUAACAAUGGGCUUGAGGAAGCUAGAGGGAGCUUGAAUGAGCUAAAGGAUCGUUGUCCAUCUUGUGCCAACUUGAACGAAAUUACGGUUGAUGAUAGCACUUUGGAUGAAAAUGACUCGUUUGUAGCAAAUUCGGAUAAUGAAAUCCAAUUGAAUGAUAUCAUCAAUCAUAAAUUGAGCGAACUCAAAGAAGACAAAAACUAUAACUGGAGACUUGAUAAAAGUAAAUCAGCUACCUCGGCAAUGAAGAUCACACAUAUGCCUGACGAGAUAAAAAUGGAUAAAAAUCUGAAAAAGUAUUGGUUGAAACGAUCUGAACUAUUUCACCAAUUUGACGAGGGAAUUAAAUUAGACCAAGAGAGUUGGUAUUCCGUAACACCGGAAAGGAUCGCCUUACAAAUAGCUCGAAGAUGCAAGUGCAAUACUAUUAUUGAUGCGUUUUGUGGUGCAGGAGGCAAUACAAUACAAUUCGCGCGCAUGUGUAAUAAAGUGAUAGCAAUUGAUAUUAGCCACACAAAAAUUCAACUCGCCAAACAUAAUUCCAAAAUCUAUGGCGUUUACGACAAGAUCAAAUUUAUAGUAGGCAACUUUUUCGAGUUGGCGCCGAUGUUAGAAGGAGAUGUUGUGUUCUUAAGCCCACCUUGGGGUGGGCCGACAUAUCUAGACGCAUCAGUGUAUGAUAUCGGAAAUAUUUCGCCUAACGGUGGGAAAAGCAUAUACAAAAUAGCCAAGCAAAUAUCGUCGAGAAUAGCAUACUAUCUACCUAGAAAUAUAAAUAUUAGACAGGUGAGGAUGCUAGCGGAAGAGGGACAAGGCAUGGAGACUGAGCAAUAUAUGAAGGGAAAGAAAACAAUUGCGAUAACCUGUUAUUACGGAGAACUGGUUUCAAAAGUGAAACCAAAUGAUGAAUAA